AUGCUUCAAAUCAUUCUACUAUUGGCGUGCGCCGCGUUGAGCUUCAACGACGCCGGCCAACUCGUCGACGUUCAACUUCAGGAGCUUCGAUUAGGACAGAAGAACGUGUGUCCGCACGAGGAGGUUGAGAUUGUCACGCUGAAACAGCCAUGCAUUCAAGCCUACACGAAAUAUGUGAAAAGUCGCAAGCCGGGAUGCAACGGCAAAUUCCAGACGUGCGCGGUUCGUCAGCCAAAGACCGUUUACUUUCAUACAUACAAAAAAGUGAAUCGAACGAGGCGUCACACCGUCGCUGAAUGCUGUCCCGGAUGGAUACACAAGCCGGGCGACGAUGGCUGUCAACGCGCCAACUGCUCAUCGGAUCUAUGCCAUAAUGGAGGCACUUGCCUACCUUCGACAUCUUCAGAAUCACAUAUAUGUGAAUGUCCGAGUGGAUUCACUGGAGCGAAGUGCCAAUAUGAUGUCAAUGAAUGUAUGAUAAACAAUGGCGGGUGUGAGCACGAGUGUGUCAACACGAUUGGCACAUUUUAUUGUCGAUGCUGGCCGGGAUUUGAGUUGGACAGCGAGAAUCAUUGCAUUGAUAUUGACGAAUGCGCAACACUGAAUGGCGGUUGCUCGCAUCGAUGUGUCAACACACAAGGGGGCUUUCGAUGCGAUUGCCCAUCGGAACUCUACUUGCACGCUGAUGGCAGAAAUUGCGGAGAAGUGACAUCUUGCGCCGUCGCGAAUGGCGGCUGCGAGCACGAAUGCGAAAACGACGCCGAUGGGAAGUUCUAUCGAUGCCAUUGUCGGUCGGGCUAUCGGCUUGCUGAAAACAAACGAUCGUGCCAGGCGCUGGAUCCGUGUUUGGACAACAAUGGAGGCUGCCAACAUCAUUGCACCAAUAAUCACGGAAGAGCUCAAUGCCAAUGCUAUCCCGGAUUUCAGCUAUCUUAUGAUCGGGUCUCUUGUGUUGAUAUUGAUGAAUGCGCGAGAGCCAAUAGUUGUGAGCACUAUUGCGAAAACGAAAAAGGCGCCUACAAGUGUAAAUGCAAAGACGGCUUCCAAUUGGCGGAAGACGGGCGACACUGUGAAGAAGCGCCGUCUGGCUGCCAGGUGGACAACGGAGGCUGUCAGCACAACUGCUAUGAUCAGCCCGACGGUGGACACAUUUGCGAUUGCCGUGAGGGCUACGCGUUAGCCGACGACAAACGAUUGUGCUACGAUAUUAACGAAUGCGCCAAUAAAAAUGGUGGAUGUGAGCAUAUUUGCAUCAAUCUCGCCGGCUCAUUUGAGUGCCAAUGCAAGUCAGGAUUUAUGCUAACCUACGAUCGGAAAACGUGUGAAGAUAUUAACGAAUGCGUCAACAAUAAUGCUGGCUGUCAGCAGAUUUGCAACAAUACACCAGGUCAUUAUCAAUGCGCCUGUGAGCCUGGCUACGAGCUUGCUGAAGACCGCCAUACAUGCCAUGAUUCGAACGAGUGUUUUGACAACAAUGGUGGCUGCAGUCAGCUUUGCCGUAAUGAUAAAGGCACUCGACGUUGCGAAUGUUUUGUCGGCUACAUUCUCGCCAGUGAUGGCAAAACAUGCGUUGCCUCAUCUGAUAAUGUCGAUUUUGUGUGCUUUGAUUUCGCACGCCUCGAAAACUUGGCUUAUGUUGCAUUGCCUUUUUUAGAAGCCGACAAUCAUCAACUCGACGAGCUCGACGAGGUUAUCUCAUCGAUCGAGACAUAUCCGAAGGACGAGGAGAAGCCGCUAGUGUUCGGAAGGCGGCGAAACGUCAAAGAUUGUCCGCCGGGAAUGUUUGGCUCAAAAUGCGCCUAUACUUGUGACGAUUGCAAAAACGGCGGACGCUGUACGCCGGGAAUCCGAGCGCACUGCGAAUGUCCUGCCGGUUACACCGGCGACACAUGCGAGAAUAUUUGUCCGCAAGGAACGUGGGGUGUUGGUUGCUCGCAAAAAUGUGGGUGUGCUCUUUGCGAUCCGACGACCGGCUCGUGCAGAUGUGAAGAUGAAACCAAAUGCUCCGAUGGUCCAUGCGAAAGUGGCUAUUAUGGUCCGCAGUGCAAUCUUAAAUGUCGUAUGCAGUGCGCUGAUAACAAAUGCGAUCCGGUGUUCGGUUACUGCACAUGUCCGGAAGGAUUUUACGGACAACACUGCGACAAGGCAUGCCCAUCGUUCACAUUCGGUAAAAACUGCCGAUUCCCUUGCAAGUGCUCGCGCGAGCAUUCGGAUGGCUGCGAUCCGAUCACCGGCAAAUGCCUCUGCAAACCCGGCUUCUACGGUGUCCUGUGCAAGCGCAAUUGCGCGCCGGGCCUAUUCGGUGUGGGUUGCGCGCAAAAGUGCGAGUGUGCCGACGGGAUUCGAUGCGACGCGGCGACCGGCGAAUGCACCAAAAAAUGUCCGGCGGGAUACGUUGGAGAGAAUUGCGAGACGCCAUGUCCGGCCGGCUACUUCGGAUACGAUUGUGAGCAGGCUUGUGAUUGUUCGUCGAACGACACCAACACGCCAACAGUGUGCCAUCAUGUCACCGGGACGUGCACGUGUAUGCCCGGAUUCUCCGGUCGAAAUUGUGAUCAACCGUGCCCCGAUGGGGUAUACGGCCCGAAUUGCGCGCACACGUGUCAUUGUCUGAACGACGCCUCAUGUAGUCCAAUUGACGGCUCGUGCCGAUGCCGUCCGGGUUUCUACGGCGCCGCGUGCAGCGAGGUGUGUCCGUCGGGUCGAUACGGCAACGAUUGCAUGGAGUUGUGCAAGUGCCAAAACGGCGCGCUGUGCGAUCCGAAGAACGGCGAGUGCGAUUGCGCGCCGGGCUGGAGCGGCAAACGAUGCGAGAAGUCGUGCGCGUCGGGCACGUUCGGCAAAAAUUGCGCGCGCAAAUGCGAAUGCGCCGACGGAAUGCAUUGCGAUCCGUCCGACGGCGAAUGCAUUUGUCCGCCGGGCAAAAAGGGCCCGAAAUGCGAGAACGAUUGUGAGCCGGGAUUUUUCGGCGCCGGAUGCAAAGGAUUGUGCGCGUGUCAGAACGGCGGAACGUGCGACCCUGUCAGUGGCCAAUGCCAAUGCAAACCAGGAUGGCGAGGCAAAAAAUGCGACCGGCCGUGCCCUGACGGUCGCUACGGUGAUCAGUGCAAUGCGAUUUGCGAUUGUGCCGUAUCAAACGAUACGUCGCUGUAUAAUCCGUUCGCCGCGAAAUGCGAUCACAUCACUGGCGAAUGCCGAUGCUCAGCUGGAUGGACUGGACCCGAUUGUGCGACGCCGUGUCCGCCUGGAAGAUACGGCGAAGGAUGUCGAAAUGCGUGCGAAUGCUCGAAUGGUGCACUUUGCGAUCGAGUGACUGGAUUCUGCGAUUGUCCGCCGGGAUUUAUGGGGAGGAAUUGUGAAACUGAAUGUCCGGCGGGUCUUUGGGGCUCGAACUGCAUGAAGCAUUGCCUUUGCAUGCAUGGAGCUGAAUGCGAUCGCGUCACCGGCGAGUGCAAUUGUAUUGAUGGCUGGACGGGUCCGGCUUGCGAAUUCUUGUGCCCGUUCGGACAAUACGGUAUUAAUUGCGCACAACAAUGCGAUUGUAAGAAUGGCGCGAGUUGCGAUAGAAAAACCGGAAAAUGCGAAUGCCUGCCCGGUUGGACCGGCGAGAAGUGUGAGAAGCCGUGUCCGAAUGGAAACUACGGUUCGAGGUGCGAUGAGAUUUGCGAAUGCGAAAACGGCGCGAUUUGCAAUCAUAUCACCGGGCAUUGCUCGUGUCAGCCGGGAUGGCGUGGACGGAAAUGCAAUCGACCGUGCCUCAAAGGGUAUUUCGGUAGGAAUUGCGCGCAGAGUUGCCGAUGCGCCAACAGCAAAGCGUGCGAUCACAUUUCGGGACGUUGCCAAUGCCCGCGCGGCUACGCCGGCCACUCGUGCACCGAACUCUGUCCCGACGGCACGUUCGGCGAGAAUUGCGCGCACGCGUGCGAUUGCGGCGAGAACGCGUUGUGCGACGCGAUCACCGGCAAAUGCCUAUGCAAACCGGGCCGGUCGGGCGCCGAUUGCAAAUCGGGCUGCGUUCAGGGCAAAUUCGGCGCCGAUUGCGGCGAGUUGUGCGCGUGCGAGAACGGCGGUGUGUGCGACGCGGCGAGCGGCGCGUGCGUCUGCCCGCCGGGAUUCAUUGGCACGAAAUGCGAGGUGGCGUGUCCGCCGGAUCGCUACGGACCGACGUGCGAGAAGAUAUGCGCGUGCGAGAACGGCGGCUCGUGCGAUCGUUUGACCGGCCAAUGCCGAUGUCCGCCGGGCUUCACAGGAAUCAAUUGCAAUCAGGUAUGCCCUGAAGGCCGAUUUGGCGCCGGAUGCAAAGAGAAGUGCCGAUGCGCGAACGGUCAUUGCGAUUCGGCGACGGGCGAAUGCCGAUGCAAUUUGGGAUACACCGGACCCAAUUGCGACACGCCUUGUCCGUCGGGAAAAUACGGCCUGAAUUGCACACUCGAUUGCGAGUGUUACGGAAAAGCGAGAUGCGAUCCGGUGCAGGGUUGCUGCGAUUGUCCGCCGGGUCGCUACGGGACGCGAUGUCAGUUCGCGUGCCCGUCAGGCUUCUACGGAUGGUACUGCUCGCAGUCGUGCUCGUGCCAAAACGGCGCUCAUUGCGACGCGGCCGACGGUCGUUGCCUUUGUCCUCCCGGAUUCCAGGGCGAUAAGUGCGAACAAAAAUGUGACGAUGGCUAUUUUGGGCCGGCGUGCGCUCAAAAAUGCGAUUGCGCGACGUUCCGAUGCAACUCACAAGACGGAACGUGCAUCUGCCCGAUGGGACGUCAUGGUCCGAAAUGUGAGCAGACGUGUAGAGCGGGAAGAUACGGAGAAUCGUGCCUCCAAAAGUGUCAAUGCUUCAAUGGAGCCUCGUGCAAUCCCAACACUGGUCAAUGCACUUGUGCGCCUGGAUGGUUGGGACCAACUUGUCAAAUCGAAAUGACGGAUCCGAACAGUACUGCAAACCGCGGCGACCUGCCAGAAGACUGGGAAUGGCGCAAAAAGCGGCGCUAA